AUGGACAGUGAAAGCAACACCAGAGUGAACAAAUUCCUACUCCUUGGCCUCGAUGGAUCUGCAAUUCUCCAGCCCUUCCUCUUCAUCACCUUCAUUGCCAUUUAUGGAGCAACAGUAGUAGGAAACCUCCUCAUCAUGCUGCUGUUUAUCUGUGAGCUCAGACUUCCCAAGCCCAUGUACAUUCUGCUGGGAAAUCUCUCCUUCCUGGACUGUUGUUACUCCUCUAUAACUGCCCCCAAGAUGUUGACUGGCUUCCUCCUUCCCCCAUUACAGGCAAUCUCUUUUGCAGGCUGCAUGGUCCAAAUUUUCUUUUUCCACUUCACCGGAGGAAUCAAAAUCUUCCUUCUUACUGUCAUAGCCUAUAACCAUUAUGUGGCUGUCUUCAAUACACUUCAUUACGUGACUGUGAUGAAUUGGAUGGUGUGUGUAGGGCUACUAGUAACAUGUUGGGUAGGGGGCUUCCUUCACUCUGUUGUCCAAGUGGUCAUCAUUGUUCAGCUCCCUUUCUGUGGUUCUUAAGAACUGGACAACUUCUACUGUGAUGUACUUCAAAUAGUCAGAUUGUCCUGCACAGACACCAUCAUGAUGGAGCUGUUGAUGGUAUCCAAUAAUGACCUAGUAACCCUUCUUUGCUUUAUUGUAUUAGUCAUCUCCUAUUCCAUCCUUUUAGCCCAACUGAGAAGUCAUUCCGGUUAAGAGUGUCGCAAAGGUCUUUUUACCUGUGUCUCCCACAUCACUGUGGAACUCCUCUUUGGACCUUGUAUCUACAUCUAUACCAGGCCUUUUUCUUCCUACCCAAUGGACAAAGCAAUCUCACUUCUCUACACAGUUCUCACACCUGUCUUGAACUCCAUCGUCUACAUGCUAAGGAACAAGGAUAUAAAGGUGUUCUUGAGGAAACUUUGGUGA